AAAGCGGACCUGUUGCUGACUCCACCAAGCCUCAGAAAGAAUCCAUUCUAAAUUCCAAGCUUAGAAACGAAGUCAUCUUUAAUCUCUGUUGUAGUAUUAAUUACUUGUAACGGCUUACUAUUUCUUACCAAAGUCCGCCAAAUUUCUCUAAUCUCUCUCUCUACAAAUGUAAAUCCCCUACUGUUGCAGCCAAUCCCUCCUCCUAUUUUCUCUCUCUGAACGAUUAGAUCUCUUUUCUCUCUCUCGAUUUGUUGAAGAUGUACAAAUCGAAGCUUCAAGAGCUGUGUCAUCAGCAAUCAUGGAACUUCCCAGAGUAUUCGGCUUCGAAAAUUGGCCUCGAUCACAACCCUCGCUUCAAAGCUACAGUCACCGUAAACGGCAUCGUCUUUGAGACUCCCGAUCAAUGCCGAUCCUCCAAGGAAGCUCAGAACAGAGCCGCUGAGUUGGCUUUUCAUCAUUUCACCGCCCCCAAACCUCUACAGAACUCACCAAAUAAACCGCUCUGCAAUGCCUCAAUUCCUUCAUCUUCUGGAUUUGCAAAUUCAUUGGAAGUCAAAAAUGAAGCUCCAUUGGAGGUAAAAAAUGUUGUGCAACAUUUGUACAAGAAUCGGCUUCAAAAUUAUGCUCAAAAGAAGAACCUUGAUUUGCCUCAGUAUGAUUGUGAACGUGAAGGUCUUCUUCAUGCUAGUCGCUUUAAGUCUAAGGUUACAAUUGACGGGCAUACCUAUGAGAGUUCAGCAUAUUUCCCCACAGUAAGAGAAGCUGAACAUGCAGCCGCAAAAGUAGCUUGUGAUUCCUUGUUGCUCAAUGAAGUCCAAGAGGAUGAAUCUGGUUUGUACAAGAAUAUGCUACAAGAAUUGGCUCAGAGAAAAGGUGUCCGCCUUCCAAAUUAUAAUACUACUGUAUCUGGUCCACCUCACACAUCAAUUUUUGUCUCAACUGUGGAAAUAAGCGGGCAGUUAUUUCAAGGACAAGAAGCAAAGAACAAGAAGCAGGCAGAGACAAAUGCAGCAAAGGUUGCUUACAUUAGCCUUCAAGAGCUUAGGGCAACCCAGGGCUCCACAUUUCCUUCCCCUGAUUAUGAAACAAAAGAAGCUUUGAAGGCCUCAUCUUCUAUGUUGCAGUUGGAUACCAAUACUGGUGAUUUGCUGCAAAACGUAAAACCCGAAGACAACCUUAUAAUUUCCAAGAAAAAAGAUGAGGAAGACGAAGGUAGGACAAUUCAAGACACCACAUUUCUCUCAGAUGGCUAUGACAUAAAAGAAGACUUGAAGGCUUUUUCUUCUAUCCUGCCAUCGAUUAUCAGUAGUGGUGAUAUGCCAAAAAAUGACAAACCCAAAACAGACCUUAUGAUUUGUGACCAAGAAGAUGAGGAAGAUGAAGGAUAUGUUGAAGUCAACAGUCAUCAUUCUCCCACUCUACCUCCAGGAGCAGAAGUUACUGCAAAAAGACGCAGGUCCUGCUCAUCUUCAUCCGACAUUGUAUAUGCCACUCUGCGUGAUCCAUUCCCUUCUAUAUCCUCUUCUUCCGAAGCCAGCAGCACGUCUUCGCAUUCUAGUAAUUCGGAGUGCUGUACUAGUUCAAUAACAAACUCAAGCAUUGUGCCAUCAGCUGGAAAGGUUAAAGGUAAAUUACCUUGCAAGAAGGUUUUGAUUUAUCCACGCAGGCUGAACAUGACAAUUUCUGAGGGUGCCACCGAGUUGCCCAUCAGCGAUGACAAUUGGGUGGCUCUGAAAAUGGAUUAGUAAGCUUACCAUAUCAUAUUCUCUUUUGAUAGUGGUGCUGUUAUCAGAAAUCAUGAACUUCAAACAGUGACACACCUUGUAUGGUAAUAUGUACAUUUAUGAUCAAAUUCCCAUUGCUAUAAGCAAGGACUCUAUAUGUCUUUGAUGUCUUGGAGAACUUUAUUCUGUUAGAAGUCUUUCUGAAAAAUUAUCAGUGAUGAGUAGUAUUCUGUU